AUGGUGAAGGAAAGCUUGCGAAACCUGAGCCAUGUAGACAACGUUACGCUGUCACAGCUGAUGAUUUUUGCUGAGGAUGAUAGAGUUCAACGUUACAUCUACCAGAUGUACAAGGUGGAUGUGUCUCAGCUCCUGGGCAGUCUGGGUGAACUACAAAGCCUGAGUGUGGGUGCUUUACUGAACAUGUCAAGCCAGUAUCUAGCCUUGCCUUACCCCAACUGUACGUAUGACACCCGGAAGUUUGAGCCGGUGCAGUGUUCUAGGUUUAUGAAUGGAAGCAUCCAGCUGUGUUACUGUGCCGAUGUUGAGACUGGAGAGAUGGUAGGCCAGGUGACCUAUUAUCCGUGGAAACCCGUCUGCCAUCGUCAAGAUGUCGGCACGGCUUGCUCCAGAACACUUAACCUUUGUGGGUCUGGUGGAACGUGCCAGCCUGUGGGCAAUGAGAACUACAGGUGUAUGUGUAUGAGUGGCUACUAUGGCGACCAUUGCCAAUUCUACAACGGGACGGCGGGGACGGUCUGCACAAGGACGCCAACAAUCUGUGAAAAUAGCGGAUCCUGUAUGCCUGAAGGCACCAAUGGCUACAGAUGCAUGUGUUUCUUUGGAUUCUAUGGUCGAAAUUGCGAGUAUCACAAUGGAACUGUACCCCCUCCUACUGGAGUCUGUCAGAAUUUUUUCUGCCCCCUUGAGAUGUACUGUGUAGCACAGGAGGAGUGUAAGGUGGGAGAGGGCAAUAAGACAUGCAGAACAACUCCUGUAUGUAAAGCCAGAGACAUGUGCAGCACUAACCCCUGUAUGUUUGGUGGUUCCUGCACCCAGGACAGUGUGCAGGGUUACAGGUGUUGGUGUCAGCAGGGAUUUACAGGGAGAAAUUGUGGCAUCCCGGCCUCACACCGAGGAGUUUGUGGGAAAGUGGACAUAGUGAAACUGCUUCACAAGUUAGUGGCAUCUCCAUCAUCACUAGGAGCAGACUGUGUGGUGGACUCUGACUGUGGGAGUGACCAGAAAUGUUGUCUCUCAGACUCGGGGGUCAGGUGUGUCUGGCCAGAAGCUACAGGUGCGAGCUUGUGUGAACAGCAGAACUACACUAUGAUGAUGGUGAAGGAAAGCUUGCGAAACCUGAGCCGUGUAGACAACGUUACGCUGUCACAGCUGAUGAUUUUUGCUGAGGAUAAUCGAGUUCAACGUUACAUCUACCAGAUGUACAAGGUGAAUGUGUCUCAGCUCCUGGGCAGUCUGGGUGAACUACAAAGCCUAAGUGUGGGUGCUUUACUGAACAUGUCAAGCCAGUAUCUAGCCUUGCCUUACCCCAACUGUACAUAUGACAGCCAGGAGUUUGAGCCCGUGCAGUGUUCUAGAUUUAUGAAUGGAAGCAUCCAGCUGUGUUACUGUGCCGAUGUUGAGACUGGAGAGAUGGUAGGCCAGGUGACCUAUUAUCCGUGGAAACCCGUCUGCCAUCGUCAAGAUGUCGGCACUGCUUGCUCCAGAACACUUAACCUUUGUGGGUCUGGUGGAACGUGCCAGCCUGUGGGCAAUGAGAACUACAGGUGUAUGUGUAUGAGUGGCUACUAUGGCGACCGUUGCCAAUUCUACAACGGGACGGCGGGGACAGUCUGCACAAGGACGCCAACAAUCUGUGAAAAUGGCGGAUCCUGUAUGCCUGAAGGCACCAAUGGCUACAGAUGCAUGUGUUUCUUUGGAUUCUAUGGUCGAAAUUGCGAGUAUCACAAUGGAACUGUACCCCCUCCUACUGGAGUCUGUCAGAAUUUUUUCUGCCCCCUUGAGAUGUACUGUGUAGCACAGGAGGAGUGUAAGGUGGGAGAGGGCAAUAAGACAUGCAGAACAACUCCUGUAUGUAAAGCCAGAGACAUGUGCAGCACUAACCCCUGUAUGUUUGGUGGUUCCUGCACCCAGGACAGUGUGCAGGGUUACAGGUGUUGGUGUCAGCAGGGGUUUACAGGGAGAAAUUGUGGGAUCCCGGCCUCACACCGAGGAGUUUGUGGGAAAGUGGACAUAGUGAAACUGCUUCACAAGUUAGUGGCAUCUCCAUCAUCACUAGGAGCAGACUGUGUGGUGGACUCUGACUGUGGGAGUGACCAGAAAUGUUGUCUCUCAGACUCGGGGGUCAGGUGUGUCUGGCCAGAAGCUACAGGUGCGAGCUUGUGUGAACAGCAGAACUACACUAUGAUGAUGGUGAAGGAAAGCUUGCGAAACCUGAGCCGUGUAGACAACGUUACGCUGUCACAGCUGAUGAUUUUUGCUGAGGAUAAUCGAGUUCAACGUUACAUCUACCAGAUGUACAAGGUGAAUGUGUCUCAGCUCCUGGGCAGUCUGGGUGAACUACAAAGCCUAAGUGUGGGUGCUUUACUGAACAUGUCAAGCCAGUAUCUGGCCUUGCCUUACCCCAACUGUACAUAUGACAGCCGGGAGUUUGAGCCCGUGCAAUGUUCUAGAUUUAUGAAUGGAAGCAUCCAGCUGUGUUACUGUGCCGAUGUUGAGACUGGAGAGAUGGUAGGCCAGGUGACCUAUUAUCCGUGGAAACCCGUCUGCCAUCGUCAAGAUGUCGGCACUGCUUGCUCCAGAACACUUAACCUUUGUGGGUCUGGUGGAACGUGCCAGCCUGUGGGCAAUGAGAACUACAGGUGUAUGUGUAUGAGUGGCUACUAUGGCGACCAUUGCCAAUUCUACAACGGGACUGUGGGGACGGUCUGCACAAGGACGCCAACAAUCUGUGAAAAUGGCGGAUCCUGUAUGCCUGAAGGCACCAAUGGCUACAGAUGCAUGUGUUUCUUUGGAUUCUAUGGUCGAAAUUGCGAGUAUCACAAUGGAACUGUACCCCCUCCUACUGGAGUCUGUCAGAAUUUUUUCUGCCCCCUUGAGAUGUACUGUGUAGCACAGGAGGAGUGUAAGGUGGGAGAGGGCAAUAAGACAUGCAGAACAACUCCUGUAUGUAAAGCCAGAGACAUGUGCAGCACUAACCCCUGUAUGUUUGGUGGUUCCUGCACCCAGGACAGUGUGCAGGGUUACAGGUGUUGGUGUCAGCAGGGAUUUACAGGGAGAAAUUGUGGCAUCCCGGCCUCACACCGAGGAGUUUGUGGGAAAGUGGACAUAGUGAAACUGCUUCACAAGUUAGUGGCAUCUCCAUCAUCACUAGGAGCAGACUGUGUUGUGGACUCUGACUGUGGGAAUGACCAGAAAUGUUGUCUCUCAGACUCGGGGGUCAGGUGUGUCUGGCCAGAAGCUACAGGUGCGAGCUUGUGUGAACAGCAGAACUACACUAUGAUGAUGGUGAAGGAAAGCUUGCGAAACCUGAGCCGUGUAGACAACGUUACGCUGUCACAGCUGAUGAUUUUUGCUGAGGAUAAUCGAGUUCAACGUUACAUCUACCAGAUGUACAAGGUGGAUGUGUCUCAGCUCCUGGGCAGUCUGGGUGAACUACAAAGCCUGAGUGUGGGUGCUUUACUGAACAUGUCAAGCCAGCAUCUAGCCUUGCCUUACCCCAACUGUACAUAUGACAGCCGGGAGUUUGAGCCCGUGCAGUGUUCUAGGUUUAUGAAUGGAAGCAUCCAGCUGUGUUACUGUGCCGAUGUUGAGACUGGAGAGAUGGUAGGCCAGGUGACCUAUUAUCCGUGGAAACCCGUCUGCCGUCGUCAAGAUGAUGGUGACAUUUGCUCAAGCAAGCCAUGUUGGAAUGGAGGAACAUGUGUGCCAUUGGGAAGUGACUAUUACUGUGAUUGUGCAUGUGGGUAUGAAGGCAGACAUUGUGAGAUGCAUCGCCAGACUGCCCCAUCACUUUGCCAGAUGAAGUACUGUUCUCCUGGGACACACUGUGUUGUAGAGCAGCAGUGUAGAUAUGUGGGACCAGGGGCUGAGGAAUGUCAAGCUACUACUGUAUGUAGAGCGAAUGCCACUUGCCAAAGCAACCCAUGUUUAUUUGGAUCGACCUGUAUACCUGACAGUGUAAUGGGAUACAGAUGUUCCUGCCGUCCUGGUUUCAAGGGUAGAAACUGUGGAAACAUUGAGACCACCCCAGGUGUAUGUCCUCGGGCUGACACGGUGAAGCUAUUAAACCUUUUAGUCACAUCUCCAGCUUCCUUCAGAAUGGACUGUUUGCUGGAUUCAAACUGCACCCAGGGCUACAAGUGUUGUGAGUCUGAGACAGGGGCUUCUUGUAUUCUGCCUUUAGCUACAGAAGAGAGCUUAUGCCAGCGGCAGAAAAUGACCUUAACUAUUAUGAAUGAAACCUUGACAAACCUGAGUCGAGUUGACAACAUUACCUACGGCCAGAUAAUGACAUUUGCUCAGAACAACAACAUCAUGCAGUUCAUCUCCCAGAUGUUCCAGAUCAAUUUUGCUCAACUGCAAGAAAGUUCGAGUGAAGUACAGGGCCUCAGUAUAGGCACACUUAUAAAUAUGACUCGGUCAUCUUUAGCCUUGCCUUACCCCAACUGUACGUACGACAGGCAAGAGUUUGAGCCCGUGCAGUGUUUGAGAUACACAAAUGGAAGCAUCCAGCUGUGUUACUGUGCCGAUGUUGAGACUGGAGAGAAGCUGGGAAGCCAGGUGACCUAUUACCCAUGGAAACCCGUCUGCCCUCGUCAAGGCUCGUGUGGGCCGAACAUGGGCACAUGUUGGAAUGGAGGCUCUUGUAUGAUGUCAGGGGCUGGGUACCGCUGUAUGUGUGCCUGUGGGUACACAGGUCAACACUGUGAGUCCCCAGCCUGGGUGUCUACAACCCCACCUCCCACACACCCUUGUCAGCAUCACUACUGUGGGCAAGGCGAAAGAUGUCAAACCAAAUGGCAUUGUAGCACUCCUGAGAACUGUUACGAGAUGCCUUACUGUGAGCGUGAAGAUUUCGGGUGUGUUUAGGACCGUUCUGUCAAAACCAAAGUUGCCCUCUAAUACCUCUGUCCAGCGUUCCUGGUAUAGUUGACUUGGCCUUCAGCUUCAACGGUAGCUGUCCUUCUGAUUGUGUGCGAGACAGCCAGUGUGGAGACUCCAUGAGGUG